UGCUUAGAAGGCUAUAUUGGGUGCAAAGCAGAGGAACCUGUCAAAAUGAAGUUGUCCCCAAACUUCUUCUUCCUUGGAUGGUGGCUGGCCACACAGUGUUGGACCUCUAGAGGUCAAACUCCCCCAAAGGCAUUUAUAUCCAUCAGCCCCAGUGCGAUGGUUGCUCUGGGGGAAAAGGUCACCAUCCUCUGCAGCAGUGAGGAUGAAUUUCAUGGAGAAUUCUAUCUCACCAGACAAGAAAACUCAUCUGAUGGAGGGACAACUCCAGGUGUCAAGCAGGCAGAAUACAAAAAGGCUGAAUUUUCCUUGACCAAUCUCAGCCCAUCAAAUGGAGGCAUCUACAGCUGUAGAUCUCACCUGCCUGAAGGCAAUCAAUUCUCACCCCUCAGUAAUAAAAUCUAUCUCAAUCUAACAGAUCCCAGCCUGACCAAGCCUUCCAUCCAGAUUAUAAAUGAAGAUAAAGAUGCUCCAGAAGCAAACAUCUCCAUACGGUGCAAUGGGACAAAAGAAGAUCUGACUUUUGCUCUUCUGAAAUCAAGGGAGCAGAUAGCUUACAAGGCUGCAGAACCAGAGGAAAAAGCAGUGGAUAUUUUUCUCCACCAGACUUCGUUGGAAGAGACACAAAGUUAUACCUGUCAGUACCACCACAAAAGCAGACCCUUUGUCUGGUCAGAGCCCAGUGACCCGCUGGAGCUGUCUUGGGGAGAUUCCAAGACGAUCAAACCCACCCCUGAGACAAUUCCUGGAGGAUCUAAUGUUUCAG